GUCACCAUAGCAACCGAGGCCUACUCGGGUCAGGUCGAACCGCAGCUUGGCUCCCCGUGGGCCUGUUUGGGGUUCAUUUCCUCCCCCUACCCCGAAGGGGUGGACCCCGUCAUUCCCGCAAAAUGACCGAGGCGGGGACCCUUGUGACGUUGAGCCAAGCCAGGAGGGGUCAGAACCUGGGCGGGGUCGGGCGCGACCGCCCCAAGAGCUGCUGGCCGGAUGGGUCUCUGCAAGUCCAAGCUGCCCGAGGUGGGCAGGGCUCUGAGGCCCCAGGAGAAGGACAUUCUCAAGUCCCCCCGAUCAUCUUUGUGAUGGGGGGCCCAGGCUGCGGCAAAGGGACACAGUGCAAGAAUAUGGUGACCAAGUACGGCUUCUGCCACGUGGGGCUGGGCCAGCUACUGAGACAGGAAGCUCAAAGGAGCACGCAGCGGGGCUGGCAGAUCUGUGACAUCAUGCUGCAGGGACUCCUAAUGCCCGCGGGCAUCAUCCUGGAUAUGGUCAGUGACAACAUGUUGUCCUGCCUAGAGAGCCGGGGCUUCCUCAUCGAUGGUUUUCCCUGGGAGCUGAAGCAGGCCAUGGAGUUUGAGCACAUCGUGGGCCGGGCCCCCAGUGUCGUCACUGUGUUUGACUGCUCCAUGGAGACGAUGCUCCGAGUGCUACACCAGGGCCAGGGGGAGCACCGGGCAGACGACUCGGAGCUGGCCAUCCACCAGAGCUUGGACACGCACUACACCGUGUGUGAGCCGGUCUUGACCUUCUACCAGCAGAAUAACCUGCUCCGAAACAUUCUGGCAGAGGAAGCACCAGAGAACAUCUUUGCCAAGUGCUGCUCUGUCAUUGAGAGUCUGCAGUGAGAGAGGGGCUGGGGGUGGGCCUUGCCCCUCACCGGAACCCAUGCAGGACGUGGGAAGGGUGCGUACC